UAAUAUGCCUUGGCAACAAACAUCUUUAGAUGACUCUGCAACUCUACUUCGUUGUGGAUUUCUAAGACAGAAACGACUGCUAGUUCUAGCCCCUUAUAACAUAAUAGCUUGGAAACUAUUGGCCAAGUCUGGAUUAAGUCUCCCAAAGAGGAAGUUCAAACAUGCUCUGGGCCGUCUUAUUGGCGCGCAACAUGCAUCUUGAUCCUUCUCGUCGCCAAGGAGGCUAAGAACACCACUGCCGAGACUUGUCGCUAUACAGAUUGGGUACUGGCGUAUCUUGGACAGCGUCAUGCGGAUUUGUUUCCACCGAUGGAGGGCCGAAUGGGCUUCUAAAUAGUCAUGGGAUAUAUAAGAUGACCGUCUCCCUUAAAUAUGAAGCGAAUAACCACACAAACUAUCGGCUUGAGAUAGUCUGCUUGUAUCUUCAAAAUGAAGGGUUUUGUCAUUGCUUCGGCUCUUGGGAUGGCUGCGGCCGCCCCUAAUGUAGCUGUUCCCUAUGCCAACACAGCUCCUUCAGCCAACAUCACUCUCGAAAAUAUCCAAAAGAUUGACAUGAGCAUGGCUGGAGGCCGACCCAGCAAGCGUACGCUUCACGGCCCCUUUAUGGGUGACUUCCCCGACCCCUCGAUUAUUUGGGGCGAUGGUUCUUGGAAGGCAUAUGCAACUUCGUCACAAGGGAAGCACGUCCCUGUUGCUGUAUCCAACGAUGGCCUCACCGGCUGGACGCUGCAGUCUCAAGAUGCAUUGCCCAACACCGGAUGGGCUAAUGCUGGCGCUGGAAUCUGGGCCCCGGACGUUCAGAAGAAUGACGCUGGCACCUAUGUCAUGUAUUUUACCGGCACGAACAGCAACGGUGCUCAUUGCAUCGGCGCUGCCACAUCAAAUGCUGCCGCCGGCCCCUUUACCCCUACGGCAAGCCCUCUGAUCUGUGAUGAUGCCAACGGCGGCGUCAUUGACCCUUCGGGCUACGACGAUGGAGUCAACCGCUGGAUCCUGUGGAAGGUUGACGGCAACAGCCGUGGUGGUGCCACCACCUGCCAGGGCGGCACGCCUUCGGGAUCUUACAUGCCAACGCCCAUCAAGAUCCAGCGCAUGGCUCGCGAUGCUUUGACGCUGCUGGAUAGCCCCAGCACGAUCCUCGACAACCAGGGAGCAGCCAACGACGGCGUUGUCGAGGCCCCCGUCAUUUACAAGAUUGCCAACAACAACUACGUUCUCUUCUACAGCGCCCACUGCUACUCAAGCGAUGACUACGACAUUGAGUAUGCCUUUUCAUCGACAAUCAACGGGGCUUACACCAACCGUGGCAUCUUGGCCAGGACCAUCUCCAACCUCGGCAUCUACGGUCCCGGCGGCUUGGAUCUCGACCCCAACGGCGUCAAUGUUGUCUUCCACGGCCGAACUACCGCCAACACUCCCAACGGCGCGAGGAACCUGUACACCGCCAACCUUGCCAUCAACGCUAACCAUGCCAUUACUGGUGCAAACUGGUAA